AUGAACGUGCAAUUAUGGCCACCGCAAGUUCUACGGCGCUCCUGCCGCCGCACCCCGCGGAUCGCAGGGUCCUGCCAAAGCCGAAACAUCCGGAUCCUGCCGGCGAAACUUUCCUACGACAGCAUGCAGGAGGCGGGACUGCUUACCGUGCCCAAAAGUGGACGACAACUGCAGAAGAGUAGGGACCAAAGCGCGGCGAAGAUACCCCACACGGCGGCUGCCCGUGAGAAGGCGCGAAAAAGACUGCACUGGCAGAUUUGGCACUGCAUGGCGAGCACGAAAAACUGGAACCGGUGGCAGCAAUUGUUCGGCGAAUUUAAGGAGCGGAGGCUCGCGUAUUGCGAAGUGACCUACACGCUGCUGCUGUGGGGGUACGUGCUGUCCCACCGCCACCGGUCGGAAUCGGCUUUCCUGGUACUCGAGGCCAUGAAGAACAGUGGGUUUGUGCACGGCGCCCUGAUCCGGGCGAACGAGGGCAUGCUGAACUCCUUUUUCGAGCUCCAGGAACUCCACCACCGCCCCGUCUGCGCGAAUUCGUGGCAAAAUAUUUUCCGCCUGUUGCUGCACUGCGCCCAGCGAUACCAGAAGCGAAGAUGGAAGACAGCGAAGCAAGAUUUGCUCGCACUGCCGCCGAACACCAUGCUGGCCUUGGACCCCGCGGACGUGAAAAAUGUCUUGUUGCAGGAGGUACAGGACAGUCAGUCGCCGCUGCUGGGUACAAGUAGUUGCGGCGAAGAUGGAAGUGCGCUGUUACCUGCCCCCGCGGUGGGGAGCGGCAGCAGGGCGGAUGAAUUGCAAGAAACUACAACUCAACCGAACGGUAGUUUGUCGUACUCCUGCCCAACUACGCGGCACUACGAACAGCAUAUAACGAUCCCGAGCUACGGUGAUGUGACCGCCGUGGCCGACCGAGAAUUGAAAAAUUACUGCGGAGCGUACGAACGCAGUGACUACUUGCGUGCGCUUGAAGUUGAAGAAGCCAUGGAUACCGAACUGACGGAGCUGCUGACAGAAGAUCACACUGUAGUUAACGAUGAAAAGUGGAAUGGUGAAGCAGGAGCGCCGGAUAGUACAAUGAUACAGAUGGAUAUGCCGCAACAAAAAAGCAAUAGUGGUCUGCUAUUUUCUUCGUCGGUCAAUCCAAAGUCUCAAAAGUGGUCCUCUCGUCGUGGCGGUGGUGUUCGGUGCGGUGGUUAAGAAAAUUAUUUGUGAGCGGAAAGUAGUGGUCACCACAGAUCGUUUUGCACUAGCUAAACGAGUGAGAUAAAAAGCUCAUCG